AUGGCUCCAAAAGGUAAGAAGGUUGCUCCAGCACCAUUAACAUCCAAGACCAGCAAGUCUGCAUCUGCAAAGAACCCAUUAUUUGAAUCUACUCCAAAGAACUUUGGUUUAGGUCAAGCUAUCCAACCAAAGAGAAACUUAUCCAGAUUCGUCAAAUGGCCAGAAUAUGUUAGAUUCCAAAGACAAAAGAAGAUUUUAUCUUUGAGAUUGAAGGUUCCUCCAGCUAUUGCACAAUUCUCCAACACCUUAGACAAGAACACUGCAGCUGAAGCAUUCAAGUUAUUGAACAAGUACAGACCAGAAACCUCUGCUGAAAAGAAGGAAAGAUUAACCAAGGAAGCUGCCGCUAUUGCUGACGGUAAGAAGAAGGAAGAUGUUUCCGACAAGCCAUACGUUGUCAAGUACGGUUUGAACCACGUUGUUGGUUUGAUCGAAAACAAGAAGGCUAAGCUAGUUUUGAUUGCCAACGAUGUUGAUCCAAUUGAGUUAGUUCUUUUCUUGCCAGCUUUGUGCCACAAGAUGGGUGUUCCAUACGCCAUUGUCAAGGGUAAGGCUAGAUUGGGUACUUUAGUCCACCAAAAGACCGCUACUGUUGCAGCUCUUGUUGACGUCAAGUCUGAAGAUGAAUCUGCUUUGGCCAAGUUGGUUUCCACCAUCAACGCCAACUACAUUGAGAAGUACGACGACUCCAAGAGACACUGGGGUGGUGGUAUUAUGGGUGCUAAGGCACAAGCCAAGAUUUCUCAAAGAGCUAAGGCUGCUGCUGCCGCUGCUGCUGCAUCUUCUGCCAAAUAA